GGAAGGCAUGGCAGCGAGCUCUGCAAGUCUCUUGUGGCUGGAAAAAACAAGAUCACAAAUCCAAAAUCUACAGGAAUGGAAGGAUUUUACAAGUAAAUUAUAUGAUGCUGUACAACAACAGAUGACUGAGAAUAAUAUCAACUUCUUCAAUGACCUGUCAGAAACAGAAAAGAUAUUUGUUCUCGACAAAGCAGCCAAAGCUGUAAAGUCAGGUACUACUUACAGUGAACUAUCAGCUCGCAUCAGCUCCAGUUUGGAGGAAAAUAUACUUAGUUAUGUGGCCCAGGAACAACGAGAUGGUGUCAUCCCAAGAAGUCAGUCACAUGUGGUGGCUUCACACAUUCAGGAUGGAGUGAUCAAUAUAUUAGAAAACAGACCAAGCAUGAAGGUAAAACUGCAUGCACUUCUAAAUCAGCCCAUACCGGACACACUCCGAACUUUGGCCUGGAAAUUGCAAUUAGCCAACACAAAAGCCCGCAUGGAAUAUCUGUCACACGUGUCCUUGAACAAGGCCCGAUCUGUACUAGACCGAGAGAUAGCUCUACAUUGUGAGGCUCUGCUCUCAGCGGAACAGACAUUUCAAAACCUGAAAGAUAUCAAGGGAUUUGCAAGAUGUAUGCGGAAUGUGAUGUCCUAUUGUCAUAAACAAGCCAAGAUUGGCCUUUUAGAUGAGGAUUAUCUUUUGCUUGUGCCUUUAACACAGACAGUCUUUGCAACAUCUAAGCCUAGUACAUCUGUAGAUACACUGUCUACACUAUUGGUUGAGGAAUACAUCACCUUUAUGGACUCCCGACCACCCGCCAUGCAUAGGAAUGAGCACCCACAGGAGAGUGGGAUAUUCCAAAAAAUGUCUUUAUCUUUGCAAACUCUGGACCAAAGGCUAGCAGAAACCAUCCAAAAAAUCUAUGCAAAUGAAGCUAGAAAUCCAGAAGAUGCCUUGACACUUGGUCUACAGAGGAUGCUGCAGCCCAUCUUCCAGGUCUUCUUUGUUGGUUAUCUGAAGAUGAAUACACUACUCUACGUGUGGGAUCAGUAUAUCCUGGGACUUGAUGAACCGCAGUUUAAUUGUAUACCAGUUUUCAGUUUAGCUUUUCUGAUAUUAGUCCAAAGACAUCUUAACGACUCAACCAAACAAAGUGAUAUGAAAGCAGUACUAAAGACAGCAGGAACGUCUUUAUCUGUCCAGGAAUUUCAGACUAUAAUAAAUAAGCAUUUUUAUCAAGAUCUCUACAGUUCAUUGAACAAGGGGGGCAGCGAUCAGUUUCCAGUCCAUGAUCCAACACAAGCUACCCCACAUUGGAGUUAUCUUACCAAAGCACCAACAUAUGCAAGAACAAGACCACAAGAUAGAAGACAAGCAAGAGAAGAAAAGGAAAUCUUAAAAAGGCAAAUGGCUGAAAAAGAACAGGGAGAAGAACAGAAGAGACGCCAGCAAGAAGAGGAGCAAAAAAGGCAACAGGAAGAAAGGUUCAACAGAAUGCUAGCAGAAACCAGAAGAAAAUAUGAAGAUAAAGCUGCUUUUGAAAAUCAGCUUAAGCAGGAACAACAGCGCAGCUAUGAAAUAGAGAAAAGGGCGACAGAGCAAAUAAAUGAGUUACAAGGAGAGAUCAGGAGGCUACUGCAGCAAAGAAGGGUAUCUUUUGGUGGCAAUUCAGUAGAAAGCGUUGCGGCUCCGCCCCCCUCCAUCAAUUCACAGCCCCCCACCCCAAUUAGGACGACUCAUAGCCGCCCAUCAACCACAGAAAGUCAACCUGACAACACUGUUAAGGAAGUAAAUGGAAAGACGGCCAAUACUGUUAUCCGCAACCUGUUACAGAAGAUGAUGGAGUCUGCAGAUACACUUAUUAAUGGCCGGACACUGGCAGAAAGGGAUAUUUUGAAUAGUGUUACAAGAAAGCAUCUUAAACAUUACAGUGAAGACGUAAAGAAUGCAGAGAUUGAAAUAUUUGGUCGUGAACUGGAGUUAAAUGAAUUAGACAGCAUGGAAGAAUCUCAGAGGACAGCAGUAUCUGAAGCAACAAAAAGGCGGUCAGAAGCACGUUAUAUGGCCACAGUGAGAGCGAGUGCACAAAUCCUACCACAAAGCGUUGCUUAUACUGUUUAGAAUUAUAAACAAGUAUCUUACUACCAAACUGAAAUGUCAAGCACAAAAAAGUCUAACAGCAUGUAGACUGCAAGCAAGGCCUUUAUGCACAUGACUUUUGAUAUUUUGUAUCCAUGUCCGAUCUGCAUUUUUUGCGGGUUGCACAUGGGCCCGUUUAUUUCUAUGGGUCCACAAAAAAAAAAAACUGGAUCUGUGUGUCCAUUCCGCAAAUUAUAAAACGUAUUGCAGACAAGCAUAGUCAUUUCUAGCAAUGGGAGUGAGAAAUGUGCACAAAGCGUACAGAAGGUGUCCAUAUUUUGUGGAUCCAUGGUUUGCUGACUGAAAUACAGACACGGUCGGGUUUAUGAUGCCUAACAAAAGAAAACACAUUUUGUAUGACAACAAAACCUGUCUAGUGAUCCUAUAUACUCAAGAAUACAGUGUACUUUAAAAAAUAUAUAUAAUAAUAAAUGAUUUAUA